AUGACAUACAAUCAAUUCCCACAAUUGUUCCAAUUUGAUAAAUCCAAUCCAUCCAUAACUCCAUCGUCUCAGCAGCAGCUGCUGAAUUCACAGCUGCGUGCUGCCAACAUGGACGACUAUGACGAAGACAUUUUCGAAUUAAACAUGGAAGAGCCAAACUAUAUAACCACAGCAACAACAACAACAACAGAGCGUCUUCGACAAUCAAGCAACACCAACAACAGAACGCGGGAACAACUGCGAGAUUUAGAUGCCUCGCUCACUUCGCCCCUUCUUACUCCCCAGAACUACAGCCGCAACAACUCGGUAGCUUCAUCGUCGCUCGACUCGGUCUUUUCCCAAGACGAAACAUCUACUCCCCUCUCCUACAAGUACGAGAACGAAGACAACGAAGGAGACGACGCAGACGGAGAAGCGGACGACUACUUGAUGUACGAGUGCGUCAUUUGCAAGCAGAGAAUGAAUGGCAACCUACUGCAGAAACACAACUGCACCGCGAAUUUGUACCGCGACCAUGGCAACGGGACAGCUGCCAAUAUCAGCAACGACGACUUGAUCAUCAAGAACAACAAUGAGUUGAUCCAGAACAACUACAGGAAAUGGUUAUUCAAGAUGACUCCUAGUAUUCCCUAUUGA